AUGAGUUCCUGGAAUGACUCACUGCAUUUCUGUCAGUGGCAGGGGGUUACAUGCAGUCGCCGACGUCAGAGGGUCACAGCCUUGAGGUUGGAGGGUCAGAGCUUAGCUGGUUCCUUACCUCCUAUUGGGAACUUAACAUUCCUGAGAGAGUUGGUGUUGUCCAACAAUAACUUGCAGGGUUCUAUCCCCACUGACAUUGGUCUUUUGCGACGAAUGCAGCAUCUCAAUCUCAGCACAAAUUCUCUCCAAGGUGAGAUUCCCAUUGAGCUGACCAACUGUUCAAACCUCAAGACUGUGGACUUAACAAGGAACAAUCUGACCGGGCAGAUUCCCUUGCACGUUGGCCAUAUGUUGAAACUCCUACUUCUAUGGCUUGGUGCCAACGAUCUAACAGGGGUUGUCCCAUUUACUUUGGGAAACCUGUCAUCUCUUCAACAUCUGUCCGUUGCGUACAAUCAUUUGGAGGGAAAUAUUCCACAUGAAUUAGGUCGUUUGAAGAGCUUGAAAUAUUUAUAUUUGGAUGUAAAUAACCUAUCUGGUAUGAUUCUUCCCUCACUCUAUAAUUGGUCAUCUCCCAUUGAAUUUUUUGUAUCUGGCAACAUUCUAACUGGAAAUUUUACUCCAAACAUGAGGUUUAAUUUUCCUCAACUCCGCAAGUUUGGCAUAGCAGGGAAUCAGUUUACCGGAGUAAUUCCAGAUACACUAUCCAAUAUUUCAGGACUUGAACAUUUGGAUCUAGGUAACAAUUAUCUAACUGGCCAAGUCCCUGAUAGCUUAGGAGUGCUCAAGGAUCUCUAUUGA